AUGACGACCUCUACUGCAGUUCCAGCGUUUACCGCUGACCUUCCGACGCUGCUCUCCAUCACGGCCGCCCUCUCAAUAAUGCCUCUAUCCUACCUCCUAGGCACCGCCCUUAUCCCUUCCAACCAGCUUCGCAACCGCCUCCUUUUCUUCUGGCAUGCCUACGAUGCCGGAACUCAUCUCUUGAUUGAGGGAUCAUUCCUCUACCACUGCUUCUUCAGCUACAAGCAGCUUCAGCCUGGCGAAACCAUUCCCGGCGUCUAUGGACCACCUUACUUCCUUAACAGGCCAGAUAGAGCCUAUGGUCCCGCUUACGGCGUGGGAGCCAGUGCUAGAAUGUGGCAGGAAUAUGGCAAGGCGGAUGCACGCUGGCUAGGUGCUGACCUGUGCGUGGUCUGCCUAGAGAUAUUGACGGUAUUAAUUGGGGGUCCGCUGGCAGUUUAUAUCUGCUACUUGCUAACCAGGUCUUCGUCCCCGAGUGCUACAGCUGCAUCCAAAGCGAAGUACUCUAGCUGCCUGUGGUUUUCAUCCAUUAUCUUGGCCGUGGGGGAGCUGUAUGGCGGGUUCAUGACCUUUGGACCAGAGUGGUUCUCGGGCAGUGUUGGCUUGGAGACGAGCGAUCCGGUCUAUCUGUGGCUCUACCUGGUUUUCUUCAACGUCCUUUGGGUCAUUGUUCCGCUCUGGGUGAUAUCUGUUGCUUGGGGAGAGAUCAAGGCUGCUUUUGCGACCGCUGCUGUUGCGAACGAGCAAACCGCUAAGAAGCUCAAUUGA